AUGACAUCACGCUUCGUCUACUUAACCCACCAACUGACAUCAUAUCCCGGGGAGUUUCUGUCGCCGAGAACUGUCGUGCAGGACAUGCCAGUAAGGCCCAGGAAAUUUCCCAUCUAUCUCGUUAGUUGCUACCGCACUUAUAUAGAUCCUUCGCUAGCCAAAGAGCUCCUGACGUCUAUUCUGCACGUCGUUUCCGACACGACGAAGAGUGGGAAGAAACUUGAUGCAGCCAGAAGGAAAAGGAGGUUCAAGAAACGAAGGGAUCCCUUUGAAUAUUAUUGUGAAGAGGAAUUCACUCAACGCUACCGCAUCAGCAAGGAUAUUGCCAGAGAUCUGCUGAGGAGAAUUUCUCACCGUUUGCCAAGUUCCAGGAAUAGAAGAGGUCUUCCAAUACCUCGUAGCCUUCAGCUUCUCAUUGCAGUACGCUAUAUGGCAACAGGAAGUUUCCAGCUGUCAGUAGCGGAUUGCACUGAUGUGGCUCAACCAAGUGUGUGCAAAUACCUGCGAAUUGUAGCGAAAGCCAUUGCAGACCUUGCACCAGAGUUCAUCUCAUUCCCAGAACCUGAGCAAGAACAAGAUGGCUGCCAUGUACCAAUCCAGAACCCAGGAGGACAAAACCCAGAGCUAUACCGUUGCAGAAAAGGGUGGAUGUCCAUAAAUGUGAUGGCUGUGUGCGAUGCCUCCGUGAAAUUUACAGAUCUGGUAGUUGGCUGGCCUGGUAGUGCACACGACUCCCGGAUUUUUACGUCAUCUGCACUUUGA